AUGGCGACUCCUCUCACGGCUUUCCGACUCGUUUCGAUCCGGGCCGAUUCCUCCGCCUCCCACAAACCCGACCCGAAUCGCCGCAACAAGCCCGCUAACUCCAACUGGUGGGCCCCGCUCUUCGGCAUGUCGUUCGACCCGGACUACAUCACGGGCGCCCCUCCGCCGCAGAAUCUGAGCACGGCUCCGGAUUCCAGGCGCGACCCGAACCCGCCCGUUUCCAGAUUCGCGCUGGGUUGCUUCACGGAAGAGAAGGCGAAGCAGCUCCGGAAGAAGACGCUGGAGACCUCCGCAUUCCACGAUAUCAUGUACCACUCCGCCAUUGCGUCUCGGCUCGCCUCCGAUUUGUCGGACCAGUAG